AUGCACAUCCUACAAGUUUUCAUAGUAUCGGUUACAAUAUUCGCUGCCAUUGCCAAUUGUGACCAGCCUUCGUACCAGGUAUCGCUGCAUGUAAACCUUCAUCCCAAAGGACCACCGAUACAUUUGUGCAACGGAGCAAUAAUUCAAAGUCGUGUUAUUGUCACAACGGCUCAGUGUGUCUAUUAUAAAUUCUCACCGAACAGCGCAGCAGUACCUUUGCCGCCAUCAGCGUUGACCGUGAUUGCGGGCAGUUCGACGGAAUUUUACGAUGAACUUACAGUCGGCAUAAAGGAUGUUUUGAUAGCAAAAGAUUUCAAUUAUACAACUGGGGAGAAUGACUUGGCCUUACUUCGCCUAAGUAAAACAUUGCCUCUGGAUGUACGAGCAGACAUGAGUUGGAUAACCCUGGAUGAUGCUGUUAACUUUGAGGGACCAUGUGUGGCUAAUUAUUAUAUACGAAAUUCAAUAUCGACGGUCCCCAACUACAUACAAACAGAGGAAUUACCAUUGCUCGACGUGAAGAAAUGUCAAAGUCAAAAUCUAUACUCCCAAAUUAGGAAUUACGAUAUAUGUUCCCUGUACAUGAUACCGCUGGGUUUAAGUUGUCAAGUAAGUUCAACAUCACAUACAUACAUAUUUUACAUUCGUUUUUAUAUUGAAACCUCCGACAACUCAAGUGAAUCGUAUUGUUCCGAUGGUCCAAUAAAUGCCUUCUACACUAACUUGGCACCACAACUAGGUUGGAUUUUCGAUGUCAUAUCAGACGAAGAUUUAAAAAUGUACGAAAACGGAGAAUUUGUAUCCUCGUUACCAUACUCCGGUGAAAAUGGCUCAAUUGAAGAACCAAAUUUGACAGAGCCCGGUACGACAUCUCCCCUGGUUGGUAACAAUGUAACGAGUACGACUGAGUCAAACGAUCUAUCCAAUGCGGCCUCCAGUUUUAUCCAUGCCUCUCUCACAGCCACGGUGGCAACAUGUAUCCUUGCAAUACAAUUCAUGGGAUACAUAUAA